GAGAUUAUAAACGUCUCUGGUUCAUUUUAUCGACAUUUUUUUUUCUCUCUCUUCAAAAAUAAAACUCCGAAGCGAUUUUUGUGUUUUUCUUUUUUGCUUUUAAUCAGAAACUAUGGAAAUGGAAUCGUUCAUGGACGACCUUUUGAACUUCUCUGUACCGGAAGAAGAAGAAGAAGAAGAAGAUGAUAUGCAACCGCCGAGGAAUCUUACUCGCCGGAAAACUGGAUUACGGCAAACGGAUUCUUCUUUCGGGCUCUUUAACAGCGACGACUCUGGUGUGGUUGAGGAAGAGGAUUUGGAAUGGAUAUCAAACAAAGAUGCUUUUCCGGUGAUAGAAACAUUCGUCGGCGUAUUACCGCCGGAACAUUUCCGUGUAACGUCGCCGGAGAGAGUAGCGACGGAGAUAAAACAGCUGAGUCCGGUUUCAGUACUUGAGACGAGUAGCCAUAAUAGCUCAACGACGACGUCAACUACAACAACCACCUCAAACAGCAGCGGCGGAAGCACGGCUGUAACCACCACCACCGCAGCAACGUUAAUGAGCUGCUGCGUUAGUUUUAAAGCGCCGGCUAAAGCGAGAAGCAAACGUCGCCGCACAGGACGCCGUGAUUUGCGAGUUUUGUGGACAGGUAACGAGCAGGGAGGAGGAGGAGGAGGAAUACAGAAGAAGAAAACUACGGCGGCGGUGAUUAUGGGAAGGAAGUGUCAACACUGUGGAGCGGAGAAGACGCCGCAAUGGAGGGCGGGACCGUCAGGACCUAAGACUCUUUGUAACGCUUGUGGCGUGAGGUAUAAGUCAGGUAGGCUUGUUCCGGAGUAUCGUCCGGCGAAUAGUCCAACUUUUACGGCGGAGUUACAUUCGAAUUCUCACCGGAAGAUUGUAGAGAUGAGGAAACAGUAUCAGUCCGGUGACGGUGAUCGGAAAGAUUGUGGAUAAAAAAAAAAUUGUUAGGAUUAAUUUUUUUUCUUAUUAUUUGAGGAACUUUUUUUUUU